CAUUUUUGGGGCACACCGGUCCAAUCAGUCGGUGUUGCUUCUCUGCAUCUGGAAACAAUAUUGCCAGUGCUUCUCUGGAUGGAACUGUCAUGAUAUGGACAUAUGAUACAUCAACUCCAGUGUCUAGAAAUGCAACCAUAUAUUGCAGCACUGAAAUUUUGUCACUUGACUGGGAAUGUAAAUCAGACCGCUUGCUUCUUAUAGGUACAUCCGAUGGGUGCAUUAAGGCAUGGAAUGUGGAUGCAAAGAGAGUUGUCUGUGACCUCAACACAACCGAAGCAUUUCCAAGUGUAUUGGACAUAAAGUGCAGUCCUGUGGAACCUAUUUUUGUGUCUGCAGCAGCAUCUGGAGGGGCUGGUUCUAACUAUAUUGACAACCUGGGUUUUGCUUCACUUACUGUGUGGAACAUGAAGACAUGGAAAGCCAUGACAGUCCUUCCUCUUGGAGAAGAUCCACCAGCAAUUACUUCUCUAUGCUUUAAUCACAAUGGAAAGAUUUUGGCAGCUUCUGCCAUUGAUGGAAUGAUUCACAUGUUUGGUAUCCUUAAUUUUGUUCAUUUGAUUGUUUCCUUGGUUUGA